UCGCUCUUUCGGAUUAAACUUGAAAUCGACGAAAAAGAAUUCCCCAACCAUGGGCACCAAAUCACCGGGUGGACCUCAACGCUGCCGUUUGAUUCUGAAACAAUGCCUGGCUAUACAGCUGUCGAAGCCCGGCCAUACGCUCGACGAUUUCUGGAUGUAUGAUUCAGGCUAUAUGAUUUUUCAGAAUUUCUUAUCGGCCAAUGCACAGUGUUGGUGGAACGCACCGCUAACAGCUGCUACUCGGGCUUUACGUUAUGCUGGUCAUGUGGCGCCGGGUAUGCUGUUGGUAUGUGGUGAGCCUUGUGCCCUGGAGGUAGUACGAGGGGCCUAUGCACGCAGUGUCCUCAAACCACCGGCCACAUAUAUCAUCAGUUCUGUGGGUGAUAUUGAGGACUGUAUUGUAACGCCAAUUAUGCAAGGGCAAUUUACCCCGCUACCCGAAGCAUUAUGUGAUGUAAUUAUGGACUUAACGGCCGAAGGUCAUUCAGCAACCAUAGAAAAUAUACGCACAAAAAUACAGAUACGAUUUCCCCAUAUGACAGCACCAUCGGUGGAGGUGAUCUAUGAUUCAUUGGCCCAGUUAAUGCAGGAUCAGAAAAUCUAUCAAACGGCAAAGGGUUAUUUUAUAUUGACGCCAGAACGACGACGUUCCCGCUCUCGUCCGCGCAGUCAUCACAACGGCUAUGAAGAUUUAAAUGAAUCAGCUGAAAGUGUACCCAGCGAACCGCGUACCAUGUUGAUGACCAACGAGGAGGCCCUACACUCGUUGUAUGGUGAAAUUUCCACCGAACGCGAUGGAGAUUUGACACAUCAGUGUAUACAAACGAAUUUGGCGGAUGUUAUAUGUGGCGGCAACCCAAGUGAUAAAAUUCUCUAUCCACGAACCUCAAAACGACGCAGUUCAUCAUUUCCCACACCCCGAAGUCUGGAACGAAGGCAUAGCUUACGACUGUUUGGUUCAUCGAAACGUUUACAGCGAUGUGCCUCAACGCGUAGCCUAUCGAAAACCUAUGCUCAGACACUAAACACGGAUAGCAGUAGUUCGGAGUACCAAAGCACAGAUUCCUCAUCACCAAAAAAAGGAUCUUUGUUAUCGCGUCUAUUUCGUCGUAGUGGACGAAAUAAGUCACGUCAACUUGAAACCUACUCUGCCCAGUUUCCGCCAGCGGAAUGGUUUAAUUCCAAGGCGGUACAUUUACAUAGUGUGGGUACACAAACCCAAGAUCAUGACAUGCCCACAGUACACACUCUAUCAAAUUCCACCUUCUAUGAUGGUUCAGAGCUAAGCCAACGUUCCUUGACCCUGCCACGUCGGCAUCGCCGCAACUUGUCAAGUGAAUCAACAUUUGUGAUAUCAUCGCGAGAUUGUUCGCCAAUACGAAGACGUUCGCCGGUAUACAGUAGUAGCUCUUUACCCCGUUCCACACAAUCCAUACCUGCCACAUCGCAUUUAAAUAAUAAAACCAAUUGUGGAGGUGGUGGUGGUGGAGGCAGCGGAGGAGGUGUCGCUACUACAACCACCACCAAUGGCCAUGCAAAUACUCUAACCGCACGAGCCAGUACGCCCUAUCGUAGCUCACAAAAAUCCAUACACAGUGGUUCGGUGGCUCGCCACAUGCUGGAGCAUUCACCAUCGAGGAAUACAACAACAAUCAACAAAUUAACACCUGCCAAUCGAAGUUCUGAGACACGACCCGAUUAUCGUAUGUGGCAAAGUGGUCCUUCGAGUUUGGAGUCGGGAAAAACUUCAUUGUAUGCAGCCACAUCGGGACCCUCCAGCAUUGAUAGUGGUAAAGUUUCGUAUGUACGCACAAGUGGUCAUUCUAGUCUGGAAUCGCAACGUUCAACAAGUUCCACAGUUAUACAGCCACGAUCCAUAAUAAUGCUGAAUGGUUCGCCAAGGGGCACACCACGGCAUCAGGCAUUGAGGGCGCGUAAUGCCGAGCAAAUGAUGAGAAAUCAGGCAUCCACCACAACCACCACCUCGGCUAACAAUACAAAUUCCUCGAAUAAAACCUCCAGUGGCACCCAACCUUCAUUGGAAUCCCGCCUCAAUGGCCAACAAGAAAGUUCGGAAAAUGCUACAGCAAUUGCCAAUUCACCUUCGAGUAAUUCAAUUACACUGAAGCUGACCACCUCAAAUGAUGGCCAACAUUGUUUACCAAAUACCAAAAUUGUGGUGCAAAAUACGCCGGCCCAAAGUGUUAUAACAUUCGAGAACAGCAAACUGAAUGAGAAUUCGAAUGUGUUCAUCUUCAACAAUGAGACCACAAUGAAUGAGCGGGGAGAAAUCAUUAAGAAGACUCUGUCCAAGCAGCAUAUGCCCGGUCAGGCCAGUCACAAGCUAAGGCAUAGCGUAAAAGAACCCAGUCAAACACCAGAGUUACCCGUUACCCCAGAAAACCAAAUGCAUGCCGAAAGUGGUUCAAAUCGUGGUUCUGACACAGAGACCUAUGAUUCUAUGUCAUAUUUAAGUUCUUUGUCCUCAGAUAAACCUCAUGAUUCCAUUGAAUUUCCCAAGGUUUCCACAAAGAAUCUCGUGGACAGCAGCAAUAGCUCAACCAACACCACCACCACUCCCAUGAAUAAUAAUCGUAAACUAAGUCUGUCGGUACAACCCUCUAAUGGUGGGCAACUAAUUUAUAAAAAUAAUGUUCUCAAGAACAGUGAUUCCCAACCCACAACACCCUGUGAUGAUGUCAAACUAAUAACGGGCAUUGAUUUGACGAAAUCGAAAUUGGAAAUGACCGGUUCGGUGGGUAAUUUAAGAUUUUAUGAAAAAUCCUCCAAGGAUACCCUAAAUAAGACCAUCAAUUCCAAUUGUGAAUUAAAUAAUUUACGCUAUGACUCGUCAACAUUGCUGGCCAAAAAUGAUAAUCUGCUUAAUUCCAAUACAUCGUUAAGUGGUGGUGGUGGAGGACUAGGAGGAGGUGGUAAUCCAAAUGGUGGUAGUUUGGCACAGAUCCUGCAAAAAAAUCUCAACUCCAUUGGCAGUGAGCCGAAUUUGGCUCAAAAGGAUACAAAUUGCCUUAGCUCGGUGGAUAAAUCUAUACGCAAAGAUACUCUCGAUCGCCGUCUGAGUUUGUCGAAGGACCAUCAAGCCGAAGCAGAGGACAUUUAUAAUUUCCCCAGUCUAACCGAUUUAUCGUUUAAUUUUACCUCAUUGGCUGCUCAGAAAAUCUUGCAGGGUGUUAGUUUAAAUAGUAUUGAUACAUUGGUGGAGUUGAAUAUGGCCGCUGCAGCAGCUGCUGCCGCGGCGGCGGCUGCCAAUUCAUCAGCUGCAGCUACCACUGCCCUGGAGAAGCCGCAAAAUAAUCAAACGACAGCCGUUUGUACGGAUUUUGGUAUGGUUUGA